AUGCUCGACCGGCUUCCACUCGAACUUCAAGCAUACAUCCUCGUCUUUCUGCCAGCCAAGGUGCUGGUGCGCACACUCUCGCUCACCAACCACCACUUUCACGAUCUGGUAGAGGCUCACAUUCAGCGCUACUGUCUGCGCUAUCUCGGAAUCGGAUGCCACUCGGCCGAUCCAGACGACGCUACCGUGCUCGAAUUUGAGGCCCAGCGACCCAUCGACACCGUCACCGCCAAGCAUACGUUGCACUUUUCCCACUUUGCUUCCGUCACUCCCUGCGCAUACUCCAAGCGCCAGCCUUUGUCCUCUGCCGCCGUCUUCCAGUUUGCUAACGGCGCCAGCAGCCGUGUCACCACCGACUCGGAGCGGCUUCGAGGCGGACGCGGUUCAGGUAGAGGCCGAGGCAACUCGGUGUCGGUUGGACCUGAGCGCAUCCGCACGGGCGCCAACCCAUACGUCGCGACGCCGUUCCAGCCCUUCCUACCCGGGCUCCAUCAGAAUGACCAGCAACGCGCGAUGCAGACCCUCGUGUCCAGCUCACUCGACCUCGAAGAGCGGCUACCAUCCCGACCUGGGCUGUCGCGCAACCCGUCAUCGGCAGCGUCACUGCGAUCGCGCAGCCGAUCCAGCUCCACGGCAAGCACGUCAAGGGCAAGAGCCAUCGCACACGAAAUCGCCAGCGCGCCCUUCCCCUUCCUCAGGCACAACCUCGAGGCAGCCAAUCGUCAUCACCUCGUGCGCAACAGCACGAGCUCGGCGCGCCACACCGGUGAGCAGGCACAGACGACCGCUCCCGGACCGAGCCUGGAGGAGCCGUUGGAUGCGUACGACUGGGCCGGUCCGCCGGGCACUCGAGCCGCCCCCGCGGGCCUGGAGGCAAGGCUGCCGCGCCGCGCUGCGCACAAGCCGGCGUGCUACGCGUUCCAGCUCGACCCGCUCGACUCGUUUGAAAGCCUCAUCCUCACGCUCACGGCGCGCAGGAGCAUACAGGACACCAAUGCCACCAUCGCCGCGCUGCUGCGGGGCGACGAAGCGGUCAACCACCGGCUGCGCUUUUCAAAGUCGCUCGCCGAGGGCUUGGAUCGCGUCUUCCGCGACUGGUUCAAGCCCAAACCCAUCGGCGAGUCGCGAGGUGAGCUGUAUGCGAGUGCGGGGAGGUCGGAGAGGAUACUGCCGGAGCAAGAGCCGGAUGCACGUGUGCUCGAGUUCGACACAACGUCGUGUACGCUGACGAUCCAGCCGCACGCGUCGGCCCGCGCGCACAUGGCGCAUCCGGCGCUCUCUGCCACUGCGUCGCAUCACUAUCUCUCGCGCCCGCCACUGUCGGCACAGUAUGCCAGCCUCGAGUCGAGCGAGCGUGUCGAACUCACGUUCCACUGCCAAAGCAUCGCCAUCAACGCCGCACGCCUGCUAGCGACACUCGAACGUCUCGAACACGACGUCCUCGCAACCAAAGCUCGCUCCAGACUCGCCCUGUCCACCCUGCCAAAGAUCAUCGAAUCCGUGGCGCACGAUCGACAGCCCUUCCAAGUGGCGGCAGAGGCAAAUGCAAGCUUGGGCUACUUUAUGAUCUCGCAACCUCCCCCGCGCUCAGCAGCCUAG